UAAAAGUGUGAAAGACCCUCAGUCGGUUGAGGGCAACUUGCACAUACAGCGAUAAAAGUGUGAAAGACCCUCAGUUGGUUGAGGGCAAAGUGUGAAAGACCCUCAGUCCGUUGAGGGCAACACAAAAAGGCAUUCGGGUGAAGCUUGCACAAGUUGUCGGAGGCCAACCCAAGCAUGGUGCAGGUAGCACAAUGCCAGAAAGCGUUAGUAGUAGCAAUGAUGCUCCCUCCUCCUCGACUAGACAUGGCCAAUGGAUUUUUACUGCGAUCAUGUUGCUGUCCUUUGCGGCAUUCCUAUUGAGCUUGAGUGCGGCAGGACGAUGCAACUUUGCGAACCGUUGGCUCCAGUUUCGAGAUUCCUACACGGUCGAGGACUUGUGCACAUCGGGGUCCUUCGUGUCCCAAUUUGAGAUUGAGACCUGCUUCACAAUCUUCAGGGGACACAGUGUUGGAUUUGAUCAUUGGAGUGUCACUACAGACAACGGUCAAGUCUGCUUGGCCUAUGUUCUGCAGGUUCCACUCCAGGGCUGGGUAGCACCAGAAUUCGACAAUUUAUUCAAGUCUGCCUAUGGAUUUGCUAUAUUGGCAUGCGUCUUUGGCGCCUUUGGAUUGUUCACAAUUCUUUGUGCCACUUGUUGUCCCCUUGCCGAAGAACGUGUCAGGGGUAUGGCAGGUUACUUUUUCUUGGCCACAAUCUGUCAGGGACUCGCCUUUCUCAUCUUUCCCAGCAAUGUCUGUCAAACACAAUUCUUUGAACAAUAUUAUCCCAGCAUUGACGUUGAUCCCUUUGUUCGUGGAGUCAAGUGUGACCUCGGACAUGGUGCCAAAAUGGCAAUCACUGCGGCAGUCUUGUAUUUCGUCUGCAUGCUCCUUUGUCCCUUGGCAUCACCCAUCAUGCCCUUUGGAUACAAGAGAUUGCCGUGUCAAGACAACGCCGGGCCUAUGCAUGUGGAAGAACUGACAGAAAAAGCCAUUGGGGAUGCUCCAAAGAGGGCCCAAGAAGAAGCAGAGGCAGCUGCUGAUGAGCCUGCUUAGUGGAAUUUGCCUCCAACUCCAAAAGGGGCGCGGGGAAACACUGAUAUUGGCUAGCUAAUCAAUCUCUAAGUUUAAAAAAAGGUUCUGUAACUCUU